AUGGCAGGAACAGUCUGGACCACACCUGAACAAAAAGACUUCCUUGAGACGUACUAUAGCGGGUUUCUGUUAGCGCAGCUACAGGCAAAGGUUUCCCAGUACUGGGAUCCAAUAUACCUUGAAUGGUUCAAAAGAUGGCCUGAAGAGGAUGUAGUAUUUAAAAAUACUCCUGCCAGCGAUCCCCGUACAGACGAGGAAACUAAAGUUCUGAAGGCAGCAGUUCAGAAGCGGAGACAGCAAAUACGAACCUGGUUCAACUAUAGGUCCCAACGAAGUGGCCGUUCAGCUGUGAACUCGAUGACUAAAGUCAUCCAGAAAACGUUAACCAAUAAAGCCAAAGGAACUCGGGUUCAUACCCCUGCCGAGAUCUUUUCGACCAUUGCCUAUAAGGAGGAAGUAAAAGAGCGGGUUCAAGACGCCAUUAAGUCCGGCGAGCUCGUGACUAAACAGGAAAAAUUGUCAGCUAUUCGAAAACUUACACGCGAAGCAUACAAAGCCGCACCACCAGAAGUCCAAGCUUUGUGUGAGGAGAAGGUCCGAGAAGAGCACAAAGCGAAAGUCGCAUUUAAUGUGCAAAAUGAAAAAUCCGCACCUACCAAUAAACAGUAUGCAACCGCUCUCCAGGAGUGUACUGCUCCCAUUGCGCAGUUCUUGCAAGUCAUCAAGGACAUGACAGGGUGGGAAUGGACUGUUAUGGGUGCUGGGCCUGACCCUCAUCUUGGUGGCCAACUAAAUGCGAUGAGUUACCAUACAGGAGUGAAUGGGGAUGGACACAAUUGGAAGCAAGCCACCCCAAAAUUCGUUGAGAAGCAUCUCAAUCCAUACUUGGAAUUUGUUGGAACGCUGUUUCCCGAGCAUGUCAGAAAGUCUCGUGCCAUUGACGUUGUCGCCCCACUCGCAAACAGUCUAUCACCCACGACUUCACUCGCGAACGGUCUACCACCCACGAUUUCAUCUCCCUCGGGUGAAGGAUCUGGGUCACUGGAGGGUGCAUCAUCAACCGUGACUCCAGCAUCACAUGGAACUGCCCUGCAUGCCCCCCUUACACUCUCGGACACUGUUACGGACUAG